ACACUUGUUACAUCCUUAGCUGAGUAGAGAGUGACAUUAGCAAACAGCAAACCUACAGCAAAGUCACGAUCGCUGCGCACAGCAUGGAAAUACUACCCUUAAGUAAACUUUGGACUUUAGGAGCAGUGACAGUGGGGACAUUACUCAGUUUGGCCAGAGCAUCUAUAAACAUUCAUGUUGGCACUUCUCCAGUUGUUGUUGAAGGACAAACUGCUGUGUUAUCUGCUUGGUUUGAGUCCGCUGAUACAAAAGACGUGAUGGUAACUUGGCAGUUUGAGUCAAUUUCAGCAGAACCCAAACAGAUUUUAACUUACUAUAAUGGCAGUACAAGUGUGACACCAGAAACUCAGUUUGCAAAUCGCAUAGAAUUCACAAAUGAAGUGCAGAAAAAAAAUGUUUCCAUUUUCAUCCAUAACACAGAGGAACAAGACUCAGGAAGAUUCACUUGCACCAUUAACUAUAUCCCUCCUUCCUCUAAUGUGGGAAAAAACAUUGGAGUGGUUAAUCUUACUGUGAUAGUUCCUCCAGGCACACCAAAAUGUGACAUUCAGGGGUCUCACUAUGUUGGAUCAAAUAUCACCUUGACCUGCCGCUCAUCAUCUGGAAAACCGGUACCCACAUUCAAGUGGGAGAGGAACCAAGAAAUAUUUUUUGCACCAACCCUAGAUUCUGAGAAAGGAACAUUAACUUUGCUGAAUGUCACAACUGCAAAUUCGGGGAAGUAUAUAUGCACAGCUAUGAACAGAGCUGGAAAUGCUACCUGCUUUGCGAACCUAGAGGUUACAGAAGCUGUUAAUGUCGGAUUGAUUGUGGGAGCUGUCAUAGGUUCGAUUCUGGGACUGGGUCUCAUUGUCCUGGCCAUCUUCUUUUUGUUUUGCUUCCAGAGGAGAAAGAAGGAGGCAGAAGAAGGAAUAGCAAAUGAAAUAAAGGAAGAUGCGCAAGCCCCAAAGAGGAUUUCAUGGGCUAAAAGCUCCAGUCCUGAUGUCAUAUCAAAAAAUGGCACCCUAUCCUCAGUAAACACAAGCCGAGAUCGCAAGCCAUACUAUUCCAUGGCAACAUCUGACACUGCAUCCAUAAUGGCUGCAUCAGGAAGCACUGUGGGUUUCAACCCUCUAUACUCUAAUGCAAAUGCACAGGCACUCAGUCCAGCAGCAGGCCAGUCCAACCAUCCAGUAGCUGUGUAUUCUCUUCCUCAGAAUGGGAACACUUUUAAUCACUAUAUGCAGCAUGAAGGUGACUCAGCUACUGAUGCAAACUGGGCAACAUCUCAAGAAGCUCCAAACCAUCCCCCAUUUGUUUCUGGGAUGACACCAUCCAAUCUUGCUAGAAUGGGAGCAGUUCCUGUGAUGGUACCUGCUCAGAGUCAGGCAGGAUCCUUGGUAUGAAAUCAAAUUUUAUUGAAAACUCCCAAUAUUAAUGCACUUCUAAGAGCUCUGCAUGGGCAUUCUUACUUUUGGAGGUAUUAUAUUCUGAGACACAAUUAAAAGGUUUUUACAAGACAUUAGCUCUGCUAAAUUUCGGACUUGUUGUUUUGACCAGGCAUACUACAAAAUGACUUAACUGAGCUGAAAUGAUUCUCAUUUAAUAAAUGUACGCCUUAAAAACAUUUUAUGUGAAACUGAGCACUAGAAAAUAUACCUCUUACUGGGUCCACAUAAAAGCUAAGAACCACAAAUUUAGCCCAUGAUGUGGUUGAGGCUAACUUGGAGAAGUAUUAAUCAAUAUACUGUUUAUCCUAUUUCAGUGAAUCCCUAUGAGUUAAAUUUCUCUAGGCGCUUAUCAGUGAAACUCCAUGUUCUUCAUGCUGUGUGCGAUCUCUGGCAUUCUUCAGUAUUCUGAAAUACCAUGUUUUCCAUAUAACAUGUUCUUGUUUUUUCCUCAAAACGUUCUGCCUUUCCAAAUCCUUAUCUGGACUUUUUUUUUCUUUCUGUCCAGGCCUUCCAAACUGUAAAUUAAGCUGUUAAUUAAGUAAGAUGUAACGCAAUGGAAAUAUGUCUUUAACAUAUCAAAAAUACAGGAGUUCCAUGCUUUAAGUUGCCCACAAAAGCCACAGUCAUAUGAUUUGCGUACGCUACAUUCCCACAAAUUAAGGCUUAAAGCAGUGAUGCAGUAACAGAAAUGUCAGUGCUUGUUCAUUUUAUUCUCCCAUUGUAGUCAACACUAGUUGAAACUUGCUUGCAGAAGGUCACAUCAUAUGCUGUCAGCAUGCAGGUUUUUUGUUUGUUUAUCCACUGUAAAAUUAUAAUCUUGUUCUCAAGUGUUUUUCUUCCUUUAGAAGUUCUUGAUACACACAAAUGGGCUGAAAGUGUAGGAGUACUUGUUAUACAGGUGGUAUAUAUGCAGUACGAUUCCAGACAUACCAUGUGAGUUAUAAAGGUGCAGAACAUGUGUGCUUUCUCGACAGAGAUAGCAAGUCUCAGCAGAUUGAGAACAAAGCUUACUAGGUACUCAUCAAUGCUAACAGUUUAAGACCUAGAGCUUUCCUUGUACAUAUUUUCUCAGCAGUCCAGUUACAGUUUCAAAUUAGAGUACAUUGUGUUGUGUUAGAAAUAUAUCUGUCUUUGGGAAAGAAAUAGGCAACAAGUGGGGCUUUCCUUCCUGUGUGAUCCUACUCAUUUGGUUACCAACCUGCAAAUAAAUGCCCAAUGUCCACAUUUACUAAGGAAGGUGAUGUUGUAUCACAUGAACUUCUGAACUCUUGAUGAUGAGUGUUCUUUUACAUUAACAUAUAAAGAAAUACACAGUGACAGUUCUGCAGCUUUUCCAUAAGUUUCUGAAGUUCACUGUACAUGUACUGAAAUGAAGGGUGUUUCCUUAACAAAGUAAGUGAGCUGCCAUAUAGAAACUUCACCUGUCGACAUAUUUUUUGUUCUAUGUAGCACUUUGUUAAGGUUUAGUCAAGCAAAUCUGAUAUGAUGUUUUUAAAAAGUAGCAAAUCUCAAACAUUUAAGUAAAUUGGUAAUGUUUACAUUCCAUGCCAUAAAAAAUAUUAAUUUAUUCACUCUCUAAUACCUACUUUAUACUGUUUAAGGCCACAGGGGGAAGCCAGAACUUAUCUCAGUGCCCUCUCAGCAGAAGUCAGAAUUCAAAUAACUAAUUCUGAAUUGAAUUUCAGUCCUUUGCAGGAUAUGCACACCCACACUUUCAGCUAAUUUAGAAGUCAGCUAAUGUAUCAAAUGAUACCUAAACAUUUUCUUUUUCCACCCAUUUUAGUAUAACUCAGUUCAUUUUUUAUAAAAUACUGCCUUGUUUCAUUGCAUAAUAACUGCCUCACUGAUAUCUGUUAAGUCCAACAGACUGGACAUGCAUCUACCAAGGGAUUUGUAACUUAUAUUGAAGAUAUGUCAGUCAUUACAGUAGCUGUAUGUGGGGCUGUGGGUGAAAUGGACCUCUUUAUUCAGGGGUGUGCAUGGCUUUCACUGCCAUGUAAAGACUAUUUUGAUGCAUUCCCAUUUGGUUGGUUGAUCCUUACUUAAUUUCUAUCAAAUAGUCAUUAUAUAGUUGUACCAGAUCCUGACACAAGGAACUGAAAAUUGAGAAACUGGUACACCUGAAAGAGAGCUUGCUGAUGAUGUGCUCUGUUCUUUGCAGACCUACUCUCUACUUUGAUUGUUAUGCAAAUUAUAUCAUGAAUUUCAGAAACCAACCUCCUACUCAGUUACAAAAAAGUUAGAAGUUUACAAUAUUUUCAAAACUGAUAGAAACAAAUUUACACGGGGAAACAAAUGUGUUGCUUUAUACAAAAUAGUGUCAUUGUCACUUAGAAGGCUCAAAAAUAUCUGCCUUUUGUGAUCAUGUUCUGACUUUACAUUUGUGUAGUUUAUAUAUAAUGAUUGCACCAUCUUCUACCUAUGAGCAUAAGCCAGGAUUUGUAAGUUUAUUGGUUGUCUUGGUUAUACAUCUUGUACUGAUGGUCUGAAACUGUCUUUAAAAAUUCUGUUGAACAGAUGCCUUUUUAGCUUGAUUGGGGCAUUCAGUAUGUCAUUUCAUCUUUAUAAUUUGUGAACCAGUACCGUUACGAUCAUUAAAACAUCUAAGGACCCACAUUCAUUUUGAUGGUGCUGUGCACAGUUUAGAAAUGCUUGGAGGGACUGUGCCAUGUAGGAAAUGCAAGUUCCUAAUUUAUACAGUCAGGAAUUAAUUACUAAAAUGCCAAAUGAGUCUUUUUGGAAAAACUGUAGAAUUGUGGAUGUCUUAAUUUCCCUUUGAAAAAAGGCAUUGACUCCAGAGAACUCUGUAAGAACAAUGGACUUUACCACACUUGUAAAGCAACUUGAAUUAUAGGAUAAUUUCUUAUUUAAAAA